AUGACAUCGACUCAAAUUGAAUCCAAGGUGAAACAAUUCAGGGAAAAGCAUAAUGUGAUAAUGGUGAUGUUUGGCACUUCAGGAUUCUCUUGGGAUGACACAAACAAGAUGAUAAAGUGCGAAAGACAAUCCUAUGAUGAAUUUCUCAAAAAUGCAAAGGGAUUGUGGGUUAUUUCUUUUCCCUUUCUUGAUGAUCUAGAUAAGGUUUCUGGAGCAUAUAGAGCUAAUGGAGGUGCAUGUGAAGAUUAUGAGGAAGCUGUGGAGACCCUUCAAACUGAUAAUGAAGCUGCUGGCAUUAACAACGAUGUAUUUGGAGAGGAUAAAGGUGGCAUGACCUCUCAUUUCUCUACAAUUGCGAGUGCUUUCUCUACAACUCAAGAACAUGAUCUAGCCAUAAUGGCUCGUGAAGAAGGAAGUGAGGCUAAAAAAAGGACAUUGAAGCUAAAAAAGAAAGCUUAUUCCAUCAUUCCAUGAGGUGAGCUCAAUUCCUGGGCUUUCAAGAACUCAAACAAUGCUUGCAGUAAGAAAAUUAUCUUCAGAUGAGAAAAGUCUCUCCCUACUAUCAUUGCCCCGAUCAGGAGUGGAAAACAGAAUUCAUUCUUAAUGUAAUUAAUCCAAAUCUGCGUGGCUAGAGUUUUGACUUUUUAUGUGAAAAUAAAGUUAUGUUUCACCC